AUGUUUGCGAAGGCUGCUGCAAGUGCUUCAGCUGGUCAAAAAUUUAAAGAGGCUAUUACUUUCGAUGCAUAUGACUCCAAAAUUAUACAAUACCAAUUUGCAUUGAACAAAUUGAGUAAAGCAGAGAAGGUAUUGAAUGAUCUUGAAAAAAAUUUAAAAGUAAACCCACAACAAUUGAUUAUUCCUCUAGUAAAUUACAUAUUACCAUUAUUUGAAGGACCAAUAUUUAAUAUCAAUCCCAGAUUAAGGAAAAGAUAUAUGUUAUUAUCUGAAGGAAAACAAUGCAAAACCCAAGAAAUUCCGCUGGUUAGAUCAAGUGCUUCUAUCAGUUAUGAAGUAGUAUUCCCUGAUAUAUGUGACGUUGCUGAAUCUUUUAAAGAAAAUAUGUACAAUUAUGACCAACAACAGAAAGCAUUGCAGGCAUUAAAGUUGAUAAUUGCAAAUGCAAUUCAAUUUUACAACAGUAAGUUAAGUUUAACUAAAGCAGAAAGAGCAAGAAAGAAAGUUUCCACGACACUUCGAAAGGUGAAUACACUAGAUCUUCGGCCGGUCGACGAUUUAAUAAACCCCCAAGAGAUCAGUCUUUGUCUUGAUUUUGCUGUCCUUAUAAAAGAUAGAGAAAAUGACACAUCAUUAGAAACUUUCCACAAACUUCAAUCUCAAGUUUUAACUAAGUUUAUUUUGUGCAUAAAAGAUAAAUUAUUUGUUCCUCUUAAAAAAUAUUACAAAGCUUUACUUACAUUUUCCUCAAAUAGAAAUCCUAUUGCAGAUCCACAGAAUCAAUUGCCAUAUUGGGAGCAAUCAAUCCAUAGGAUAUAUGCGUUUCUCUUUAGGAUACUGAACAUCCAAUAUAUGCUUGUUAGUAUGACAAGGCAACUAUAUAUACCAAAUAGAGAAUAUCUCAAUAAUAAAUUAACAUUAUUACAAUCAGAAAAUGUACAUGAUUUUGAGACGUUGCUAUUAAAAAUUCAAGAUAUUUGUACUUUGGCAGGUGAACUCUUUAUAGAUGCACUCAUAAGAAGUUUGGAAUACUAUUCAGAAUCGAGUUCAACCUUUCAAGUACAGCAGAGCGUUGUUAUAGAGUCAUUUCAGAUCAAUGUUUCAAAAUCAUAUCUUAAAUUGAAAGAUAAUAUCGAAAUCUUAUUAGAAUUUUCAAAGAUGUGUCAAUACAUUCAAAACCAUGAGUCUAUUAUUCCUAAUCUAAAAAAUUUAGAUGAUGAGAAACUAACAAAGAUGUUAGAUGAGAGAAGAGCUGUAGAUAAAUUGGCAAGUGUUGAGCAAAAGCAAAAAAUUGAGCGGGAGAAACAGAAAAUUAAACAAGAAAUUUUAGCCAAAACUACGACGACUGGGAGAAGAACUAUAAGCAAAAGGACAUCGACAUAUAUACCGACAUCUAAUUCAUCUAGAGGCACACCAGCUAGUGUCAUGUCUCCAAAUUUGCGAUCUCCUAUAGUAUCUCCUCAAAUAUCUAGAACUAAUUCUAGAAGCAAUUCAAGUUCAAGAAUGGAGUCGCCAAAUCUAUCUCGUGGAAGUGUCGGAGAACAAAGAAAUAACUCAACUGCUUCACGCUUAAAGAUCGCUUUAGAUAAAUCCAAUAAACCUACUUCGAGGAAGAGGUCGUCUUCUUUACAGUCAGCAUUCACUAAAGCUGAACCACAGAAAGGGAUGUCUCCAUUACCUUCACGUUCAAAUUCUUUACAGGUAGGUUCAAAGGUAAACCAAAAAGUUGUACAAGAAUCUGCAACCCACCUGGUUAGGAGAGUGAAUACGAUUAAAAACAGCAACAGUUACGAUAAUCCAAAAGCUUCACAUUCAAAAUUGAAGCCAGUACCAAAUCAUAUUGAAUUAAAAAAGAAACCACUUCAAUCGCAUAAAACAGCUAAUAAAAAAGUGGACAAUACGGUAGCAACACUAAUAGAAGAAGAAGACAUGCCAUUGAAUAAUUUAGAGAAAAAAAUACCCACAUCAGAAAGGACUAUUACAAAUAACAAAAACUUGAAAGUUAAUGGAACGCUUCCAAAUAAGAAUAUUCAUGACGAAACUUUAAAGGACGAUUCUGUAAAUAAGAAAAUUGAUAAAGAAGAAGAGGAUAUUGAGGCUACUGAUGAAAUUGGAGAAAUUACACACCAGUUAAAAAAGGUAAGAUUCACUGGUGUUCCUCCAAUGCCCGCUACGGAAAACUCCAAACCAAAGAAACAAGGUUGGUACAAGAAACCAGAAGUUUUACAUUAUCCUCCUCCGGCAGUGAGAAUGAUGCACGGAAAGAGAUAUAUUCGAAAUCAAGAAGGUCUUGCAUUUAAAACUAGUCUAAGAGAAAUGAAUACAGACGAAUUAGCUAGAUUUGAGGUGGAAACUCCUAAAGAAUCGACGAGGUCACGGAUAACUUCGAAACUAUUUGACAAAUUGAGGUAA